GCGUUAUAUGUCAUGUUGAUCAACAAAAGGACCAUUUCUAUCAGUUGACCUUAACAGCACUAAGAGACCCUCAUGUCGCUGACCAGAGUACAUCGAAACGCCCUCCAGCUGCUAGAGUAUGUCGCCUCCCACACGGGGCUUACCGAAGCCGUCAGGAAACUCCAGCUAGCGCAGCAGUUCACCGCCAGCGACGAAGAACUGAAGCAACUGCAACUGAAGUGGAUACCACGGAGACUACAAGGAUGGUUACUAAAGAAAGCGAUCCAAAUGUUUGGAGAGCGAACCUGGAAGUACCAGGACUCCCUCCCACCUUUACCUGUACCUCCUCUCAAGAACACACUGGACAAGUAUCUAGAGUCAGUGAAACCGUUUGUAACGGCGGAGGAAUACAAGCAGACAGAGGCGGUGGUGAGGGAGUUUGAAGAAGGGGUCGGCCAAUCACUGCAGCAACAAUUACUGGAGAGGGCAAAGGUUAAAAGGAACUGGCUUGAAGAUUGGUGGGUGGAUCUGAUGUACCUUCAGUCGCGGCACUCCCUUCCCCUGGCUUCCAACGUUGUCGGGUUUGUACCUAUCAUGGACCACAUGUGGUCUGCCGUAGGGGCGGAACCGGCAGACAGGGUUCCACUGUUUCUCUGGGCAGCACUCUAUCUGUGGAAACUCCUCAGGAAAGAGCAGAUACCAGUUGACAAGGAUGUGCUGACAGGACAGCCGUUCUGUAUGAACCAGUUUCGCAGCAUGUUCUCAGCUCACAGGAUUCCUGGUGUGACCAUGGACAAGAUUGUCAGCCAUUUUAAGACAGAAUCAGAAGGCCCAUCACCCACCCACAUCAUGGUGCUGUGUAAGGGUCGUGUGUUCAAGAUGGAGGUCAUCGAUCAAGAGGGCGAACCUCUAACUCCUGCAGAACUUAAAACACAACUUGAGGUCGUGAAACAACAAUGUGAGAACGUCUGUGAGGGACCUCACAUCUCUGUGCUAACUGCGGGGAACAGAACAGAAUGGGCAAAGACUAGAGAGAAGAUGGUGGAGAUGGACCCAGUCAAUGCUCGUAACCUGUCCGUCAUUGAGAAGAGUAUCGUAGUCUUAGCGUUUGACGAUGCCACGCCGAAGGACAGUGGAGAGGUCCUACGCCAGGUGUUGGUGGGAAGUAGUAGGAACAGAUGGUUUGACCAUGUGAACACUGGAGUGGCCUUCAAGAGUGGUAUUUUCGCUUCCCAAGUCGAUGUACGCUUUUGUUUACAUAUAUGCAUUACAUUGGAAAAGAUCCUACACAUCAUACGCAUUGUUAAAGAAUGCAUUGUCGUUAACCAAAAAGACUUCAAUACUCGCCAAGUAGCAAUUACUCAAGCAACUGGAUAUGAUUUUGGAAACGGUCAGACAUUCCAAAUAACACCUGUUAGUGACAAUGUCAUUUCAAUAUUUCUUGCACAAAUAGGUGCGUCGCAUAACAGUUUCCCAAUGCCUGUAUACUCCUGUGGACAAUAUCUUCAUUGUUUAAGUUUACAACGGGAUUAUAUCGUUUAUAUUUUCAGCAUACUCCAGCAGAUGGCAUGGUGGGUAUUUAUUAUAAAAACUUCCUUCUUGCUCAGGCUCAGAGGAUUGCACCAAUUGAAAAGCCCUCCCGCUUCAGACUUGGAACUAGUCUGCCCCAGCUUCACAGACUAUGGUAAGAAGUUCAUCCGUAGUUUCAAGCUCCACCCUGACGCCUACAUGCAGGCUGCACUACAGCUGGCGUACUUCAGGCUGCAUGGGAAACCUGCCCAAACGUACGAGUCGGCGACCCUGCGGCGGUACUACCACGGUCGGUUGGAGACUGUCCGGUCCUGCACCAUGGAAAUGGUCAGCUGGUGUAAGGCCACGAUGGACAACACGGUGCCGAUUAAAGAGAAGAAAGAACUGAUGAUGGCGGCGUUGAAGAAACAUGUACAACUUAUGGAGGAGGCGAAAAACAUGCUGGGCUGUGACCGUCACCUCUUUGGUCUUCAAGUUAUCGCUCAAGGUGCAGGAAUUCCUCUUCCUUCCAUCUUCAGAGAUGCUGCCUUCACAAAGAAGGUGGGAGGGGGGUUUGCCCUGGUGACUGCUCUGAUUGGCUACACACCAGUCCCAGGGGCAGUGGCUCCCAAGAUGCAUAACGGCUACUGCAUCUUAUACAACAUCCAAGCAGAGAGAUUGACCUACAGCGUGAGUGCCUGGAGGAGUAGUAAGGAGACCAGUGCUGAGGAGAUGUCGGCUAGUAUACAACAGUUACUCAGGGACAUGCGCCAACUGCUCAUGACGUCAUAA